GCUGUGAUCACGCGCGGGUGGAUCAUUUAUCAAACGACGGAGCGAACCGCGAACGGGAUUGGGCUCCUUAAGUGUGUUUCGAUUGGAGGGAAUUGUUCUUACUCCUCGGAUUCUGGCGCAUGUGAUUCUCCUUCUUCGCUGGAGGCUAGUGGUGCUCGACUAAACGGAAAUCAUAAACUGGCUGAUAACUUUAUGGAGUGUUGAUUAUGAUCGGUGUGUGACAGAUAUAGGUGCCGUUUGGGUUAUGCCGUGUGUGUUAAAAGUGAUCAUAAAACCAUCGGAACAUCUUUUGAAAAGUUAUUAUUGCUGCUAAAGGGGGCCUGUUGGAGAUAAUAGAACUUGUGAAUAAAUUGUAAGGAACGAAUCGAUUGGCGCGCACUGCGGUGCAACGCGAAAUGCAAGGACACGAGAAUAACGGCUUCGUGAGCGAUGGGCCCUCCAUACCUGGGCAGUUCCGAUGGAGCACAGUGAUCGAUUAUGGCGCAACGGAUGACGUUCCCGGAAUCCGAGAUCGGAAGCAUUCGAAAAGCGGAGAUUCGGUUGUCACCCAAACAGUAACCAGCAGUUCCACCUCCUCGCUGGAAAACACCCCCGGACGAGACCAAUGGGGCAAAGGAAUUGAGUUCCUGAUGUCCUGCAUCGCCAUGUCAGUUGGCCUGGGGAAUGUGUGGCGUUUCCCAUUCAUCGCGCUGGAAAAUGGAGGCGGCGCCUUUGUGAUACCAUACAUCAUCGUUCUUCUGCUGGUUGGUAAACCGGUGUACUAUCUCGAGAUGAUCAUCGGACAGUUCUCCAGUCGGGGAAGCGUCAAAGUGUACGAUUGUGCCCCUAUCAUGAGAGGCGUCGGAUAUGGGCAGGUCAUCUCGAUAGCGAUUGUCGCGACCUACUACUCGUCCCUGAUGGCGACCACUUUGAAGUUUCUCUUUGACUCCUUCCAAAGUGUUCUCCCGUGGGCAACGUGCGACGAAAGCUGGGCAGCAUCCUGUAUCCCAGCAGGGGGUGUUGACAGUCUCACGAACACCACCUUCUCCCCAAAUACCACUCAUGUCAAACCAAGUUCCUCAGCCGAGUUGUAUUAUAAACGAGUAGUUCUCAAAGAAAUCGCCACCAUCGACGAUGGGAUCGGACUUCCGGACUGGCAGCUGACACUAUACCUUUGCCUAUCGUGGUCCUUUGUGCUGCUUGUUCUCAUCAGAGGUGUCAAAAGCGCCGGUAAGGCCUCCUACUUCCUGGCACUCUUUCCCUACGUGGUGAUCACGAUUCUGCUCAUCCGAGCCUGCACCCUUCCGGGUGCUCUGAAUGGAAUCAUCUAUUUCCUCAAGCCCCAGUGGGACAAGAUCCUGGAACCGAAGGUUUGGUACGCUGCAGUGACCCAAUGUUUCUUCUCGCUGUCGAUCUGCUUCGGUAACAUCAUCAUGUACUCGUCGUAUAACAAGUUCCGACACAACGUUGCCCGGGAUGCGACGAUCGUGACGACGAUCGACACCUUCACAUCGCUGCUAGCGGGAUGCACCAUUUUCGGUAUCCUUGGACACUUGGCCGAGCUGGUUGGAAGUGACGAUGUCGGGACGGUGGUGAAGUCCGGUGCCGGGUUGGCGUUCAUAUCCUACCCGGAAGCGAUCGCCAAGUUUGACGUUGUGCCACAGGUAUUCUCUGUACUUUUCUUCCUGAUGCUGUUUGUGUUGGGCAUUGGAAGCAACGUGGCAAUGACUUCGUGCGUUAUGACCGUCAUUCGGGAUCAGUUUCCAAGAGUGAAGAACUGGCAGGCAGCCACUGCCAUUGCUAUCUGCGGUGUUGGCUUGGGAAGCAUCUACGUGACGCCGGGAGGCCAAUACAUUCUCACGCUAGUGGAUCACUUUGGUGCGUCGUUCAUUGCAUUGGUUCUCGCCAUCGCCGAAUUGGUUGCCCUCGGUUGGAUAUACGGUGUCGAUCGUCUUUGCAAGGAUGUGGAAUUCAUGCUCGGUUUCCGACCUAACCUGUACUGGCGACUGUGCUGGCGGUGGAUCACCCCGGUGCUGAUGUUUGCCAUCCUGAUGUAUAAUCUGGCGACGUUGGAGCCGUUAACCUAUCAGGGCUAUGUGUACCCAUCGAUCGCCUAUGUUUUCGGAUGGUGUAUUGCGGCAUUUGGGUUGUUACAGCUGCCGAUAUGGGCGAUUCGGGCAGUAGUCAAGCAAGACGGAAGCAGUUUAUCCGAGAAAAUUGCCAAAGCUUUUCGGCCAACGCCAUCCUGGGGACCGAUCGAUCCAAGUCUCCACCAAGAGUACAAAAAAUUCAUCAACCAAGACUGAUGGAAAUCCAAUCAAUGCCAAGGGUCACGCAAAUAGCUGCCGGAAUCCAGAAACAAUUUUGAAAAAUACAUUUGUGUACGACUAAGCAUAACUUUAUGCUGAGAAAACUGAAAGUGCUGAAAGUAUUACUAGACAUUUGUGAUAUAUGUUUUUAAAACAUUUACCAUGAAUAAUUAAUUUAUUAUGUUUUAUCAAUAAUAAAAACGAUGUUUAU